AUGGCAUCCACAACCUAUGAAAACUCUGGCAUCAAGUCUGCCUCUGGACCUUCAUCAGUGUCUGCAGAGUCUGAUGACCUUGUAGUUGCUGUCAUUCCUCAGAAAAAAGGCAACAGAGCCUACCGGUGGCUGCGAUGGAAUUUUGGUUCAGUGUAUCGUCGAAUCUUUGCCGUGGCAUUCCUCACAAAUAUUGUUAUACUCAUAACCCUCGCUGCGAUAUAUAAAACCAGGCAUGGCUACUACCUGACAUACGACGCUUGUGCAACAGCAACAUCUUCCAAUCUCUUGGUAUCCCUCAUUGUACGGAAUGAGCACUUUGUCAACACCAUCUUUGUCCUCUUUGGAUCUCUGCCCAAAAAGGCACCGUUGUGUAUACGGAGAGUCAUUGCCAAAGUCUACUCGUAUGGAGGACUACAUAGCGGCUGCAAUGUGUCUGCCACGUUGUGGUACAUUGCCUAUCUGGUGCUCGUCACUCAAGAGUACAUCAAGACCCAGAUGACGCCAAUCCAGAUCUGCGUAUUAGCUUUUAGCUAUGCCAUCAUGGCCUUUCUGGUGGCCAUCCUGGUCUGCGCCCACCCCCGCAUGCGCAGUCGCUGGCACAACUCUUUUGAAAACACGCAUCGCUUCCUGGGAUGGUCCAUCAUCUUUUUAUUCUGGACAGUUGUUCUUCUCUUGGCCAAGGCGUCUGCAACUCAGCAAAACAUCUCCAUGGGGUCAGCAGCCAUCAAGAUCCCGUCCUUUUGGAAUCUCAUUUUCAUCUCCCUCUUUGUCAUUUACCCCUGGCUGAACCUCCGGCUGCGCGAAGUCGAGACCGAAGUCCUCUCCUCCCACGCCGCCGAGUUCAAGUUCAAGCACGCGAGCGUGCAUUAUGGACAGGCGGUGCGUCUUUCCGACGCUCCCCUCAAGGAGACGCACGCCUUUGCCGUCAUUCCCAACACCCCCACAACAUCGGCGCCCGCGUCCACAUGCUCGUCGUCGGAUUUGGAAAAGGGCGCCGUGGAGAAGAAGCGGGCGGGUCCCGAGGGCUUUAGCAUUCUCAUGUCCAAUGCCGGCGACUGGACGCAGCGCAUGAUUCGGGAUCCGCCCAAGAAGAUUUGGAUCCGCGGACUGCCUCAAUUCGGCGUCAUUCGCGUGGCCGGCCUGUUCAACCCCGUCGUCAUCAUCGCCACGGGGUCAGGCAUUGGCCCUUGCCUGUCGCUCUUUGUGCAGUCGCCCGACCAUCCGGUGCGCAUCAUUUGGAGCGCCCGCAGCCCCGAGACCACCUAUGGCCAGGGCGUUAUUGACAUUGUCAAGCGCGCUGACCCCCGGGCCUUGAUCUUGGAUACAAAGACAUACGGUCGGCCAGACCUGGUCUCGUUGGCUUAUCGCAUGUGGGCCGGUGAGGAUGGCAGCCCUGGCGGUGACGCGGCGCCUAUGAAGUGUGAGGCUGCAGUCAUCAUCUCGAAUCAGAAAGUGACGGAAAAAGUUGUGUAUGGCCUGGAAGCGCGUGGCGUCCCUGCUUAUGGAGCGAUUUUUGAUUCAUGA